AUGGUGAAGUAUAUCUGUCAUGUCAAAAAAUGGUGCAAUGACAAAUUCAGUGAGCAAUGGCUUUUUGAUACUGCCUAUACCAUCAGAGGUAUGUACACCAGAAUGAUUGAGGGGGGUAUGAAGGUCCAAUGGUCUCAUUAUAUUUGGAACAGGUUAACUGUCCCUAAACACAGGUUCAUCCUGUGGUUAGCUAUCCAAGGCAAACUGAAAACAAAGGAUAGACUGCAUCAAUAUGGAAUAGGAACUGAUGAUUUGUGUUCCAUCUGUGGUAGAGAAACUGAGUCAAGCAUUCAUCUGUUCUUUGAUUGCUGUUUUAGUGAUGACUGUAAGAAGGCUGUGCUCACUUGGGUUGGCAUUCCUGGUGGGGAUCUAGGCCUGUUCCCCCUUCUCAGAAAGGCUGAAAGAUACACUAAGGGUGAUUUUAGAAGGAAAGUAAUGUACACAGUGAUUGCUGGUCUUGUGUACCAUGUUUGGAAGGCUAGGAAUGAAAGUGUGUGGCUGUUGAAGACCCCCACUGUGAAUCAAGUGGUCAAGAAUGUGCAGACUGAUGUUAGAGGCAGAAUUCAGAACAUCAUGGGUAGGAAAGUGAGUUCCAGAGAUAGGGAUUGGUUUUCUUCACUCUAG